GUGCGGGGAACUUGCUCAUCAACGCCCCACUCUGCCAGGAUAUGAACGUUUCCAUAGGAAAUGUCUUGUAUUUCCCUCCAGCACUUUCUGUUAACUCUACCAGCUCUUGGGCCCUGACCCAUUAUUUAAUCACCACCACGUACAGCAUCAACCUCAUCCUGGGUCUCCCCACCAAUGUCUACGUCCUGUGGCUGAUAGUGACCGGAGCGGGAGGGACGAUGACCUCAGAGUUCUUUGCUCUCAACCUGACCGUGUGUGAGAUCCUCUACUGUCUGUCUGCUGUCUUGAAAUACCUGAACGAUUACCUUUUUGAUGGUUCUCUCGGAGGUGGUGUGGCGUUUUUCUUGGGUUUCAUUUCUACAGGUCGCCCUCUGUUCCAGUGUUGUAUCUGUGUGGAGCGCUACCUGGCGGUGGUCCACCCUGUAACCUUCCUGAAGUACAAACCCCUGAGAUACAGGGUGGGGUUGUCUUGCUUGGGGUGGAUGGUGGUUCUUGGGUUCUCCUUGUUAAAUGCGUUGAUAUCAACCGUGCUGUCAAACAUGGCCAUACUUUGGUUGUUAAACCUUUCAUUCUGGUUUUCCAUUCAAUUGUUCUGCUGUCUGGCUGUUCUCUGGGCUCUGAAACGUCCCGGUCCGGGGGAAGGAGAGAGACAGGGGGAAGGGAUGAACAACAUGAAGCUGAGGGCCUUCAGGAUCAUUUCAGUGAUCAUGGUGUCUAUGAUUGUCAUGUACCUCCCACUGGUCUGGGAAACUGCCCUGUGUCAGGGGACUCUGAGGAAACGGCCCUUUGUCAGGGGACCCUGA